AUGCAACACCUUAAAUUUAUUCAUAAAUUGCAUUCCAUUUUAAGUCGACCUGAACUGCAAGAAUGGAUCUUUUGGUCAAAACAAGAUAGUUCUGUAUUCGUGGUCAAACCAUAUGAUCCAAAAUUUAGUUCUCAAGUAUUAAAAAAAUAUUUUAAACACGGUAACGUUAGUAGUUUUGUUAGGCAAUUACAUAUGUAUGGAUUCCAUAAGAUCUCAUCAAAUCAUAACAGAGACAACGUCGCAAUUGUAAACAAAGCCGAUAUAAAAUGGUCAUUCACACAUCCAUCUGGAUAUUUCCACAAAAAUGCUUAUUCCUUAACUUUAAAUAAUAUUCAAAGAAAGAGAACUGGUCUAGGAAAAGAUGGAAAAAGGAAAAACAUUUUAUCUCCAGUGUCAGUAAAUUUUAUUAAUCCAACUAACCCCCAACAACAACUUCCAAAUGGCGCUUUGAAUGUCAAUCCAAUAGGAAGGAAUGUUAUACGUCCAAAUAUACCUACUGUCGGCGGUUACUUGAUGACACCAGGACAGAGUAUCGAAAAUAAUGAAACACAACAACAGCAUCGUCAACAACUCAUGAAUAGUCAACGAGUAAUUAUUAACAACACCAAUCCUAGUGGAUAUAUAACUACAGAAGAAAACAUAACUGGUGUGAACAAUAGCACAGGGAUACCGGGUCCCAUAUAUAUUGUAGAUUCAUAUCCAAACGUGGGAAACCCCUCUGGUCUUCAGAUGACUGGAAAUAAUCCUACAAUGGAGAUAAAUGAAAAUAGGUCAUUGAAUUAUCAGAGACAACCUGUUGCAAGAAAUCCAGUUCUUACCAAUUCACAAGUAGUUAGUUAUUCGCCCACUCUGCAAAUUGAACAACCAAGUAGUUUUCGUCAUUAUUACCAACCACCUUCAUACAAUGCCGAUUUGCAGCAACCACGCCAAACAGGUGUAACAAUUGCACCACCUUAUUUAAACCAUCCUAAAAAUGGAGGACUACCACAAGGUUCAAAUCAUAUUAAACCAUUAAUGAGAUAUAAUUCGGGAGCAGAUCAUCACGUUUAUGAAACUGGCUCAAAUAUUUCUGGAAAGAAAAGAGAGUCGAUCUCAAUAUCCGACAUAAAUAACUUAAACAUUGAACGAACUUCCGAAUCCCCUCUCAUGCCGUUUCAAAAUCUCAAACGCAUACCAUCAACCUCAAUGACAUAUAGUCUUAACGAUAAACCUACUGACAUUUCCAUUAUACCUCCAUCGUCAACUGACACAAAUGAACCAACUGCGCCACCUCCACGCUUACCAUUAGCAGAAAUGGAAGAGUACCACACCUAUCGAAAGGAAUGUGAUGAAAAAUUGAAAAAGAUUGAUACUGAUAUGGAAGUUGUUAUUAAGAGCAUCAUUGAAAUCAAGGAUGGAGUGAACCUAUUAUCCCAACUGGAUCUUAAUAAUCCUGAAAAGGAGAAAAUAUCCACAUCUGACAUUACUGAAGAAAAAGGUAACCUACCAAAAUUUCCAGAGGAAUUGCCCACAACAAGUGUUCCAAUUACUGUUGAAAAGUUAGAUCGAUUAGGAGAUUUUUUACACGAUAUGAAUUUGGUUUUCAAUAAACACGGAGAUCUGUUCGAAUAG